GAGAGAAAGAGAGUGACAGAUUAAGUAGAAGGUGUCUACAUUGCAUGGAUCCCUCUGGAAACCAUGAAAUCCUCUUCUGGUCUUCUCUGUGGUGAGGUCUCGCAAAACAUAGGACUCCAGUGGAUUAAUGCAGAUUUGGGCAAGGUGGGACUGCCCAGGUACCUCCCUGGGGCAGGCAAGUUGGACUCUGUCUCUUGCUACUUUUCAGUAAUAUCAAAUCCUGAGCACCAGUAUAUCCUUUGGGUCUGCCACGAAUUGGGUUGUGGAUUUUCAGGUCUGUUGUGUUACGUGGCUUGCCAUGCAGUCAUCUAGUGCAGGGCCUCAGGGAAGGGUCUGGGGGCACUUUGGAGGUCUUUGAUGGGUUAUGACACCCCCUGAGCUGCCCCUCGUGGGAAUGUGCCCUGGAUGUGGCCUUCUGGGGCUGGGGGGUUUUGGAGCUGAGCCAGUUUGUGUGAGGGAGGAUGGGUGUCCACUGCCUCUUACCAGAGGUUGCACCACACACCCUAAAUUUCCUUCUUCCCCUCUGUUGAUGGGAGGUUUGUGUGCAAACCUGACCUCAGCAGAAUGAGUCUGUGGCUAUGACUUCUCCAACCUGAAGGCAGACAGAGCUGAUUUUCAGGACAGCUGCUGGGUUUGGCUUUAUUGUGGAUACAUUUUUCUCCCUUAGCCUUGUUUACUUCUCCCCAGACCUGAGAUAACAGGACAAUAGUGUCACCUUUAUCUUGUCUCAAGUUCCCUUAGGUGGCUUAACUCACAGUCCUGAAUUCCAGUCAGGAGGCAUUUUCAGGGCAGGGUGGGCUUGGGUGGUCUCAGCUUCUUUAUUCAGUUUUGUCACAAUGGGCAAAAAGUCUGUUAUAGCAAUGUUUAAGCCAUUUGCCAUAACAUUCCAGUCUCUCUCAAGUCCUGUGAGGAGCAGCUGAGAGAGCAGGGCUUGUUUAGCCUAAAGAAGAGGAGGUCCACUCGAGCUAUUUUUAAGUAAUAUUUAAGCUAUAGCUUUGUCCUAGCUAUUAUUAGUGUUCAGCUUUUUAGCUCCAGGUUUCAGUAUGAGCCAUCUUUGAAUUGCACAACAUAGCCAUAUAAUUCAAAUAAAGUCCAGCUAGAGGCCUAACAAUAAAAGUUUGGCUACUUAUGCUAAACAAGCUCUCAGCUACUUUCAAAUCAUAUAAAAUUUUUAGCACCAGUAUAUCCCUUGCAUCUGCCAUGAGUUGGGUUCUGGAUUUUCAGAGUUCCUUGUUGCUCCUUUUGUUGAGGCAUUGUCGCUCAUCUGUGACAUUCUCCCUUGAAAAUGGCUUCUGGAUUCCCGAGAACGACACUGACGCCUCAUCUUUUGUCGCGGGAAAUGAUGAAAUCUUUAACUCUGCUUCCCUCUAAGUCCCUGUGGGAGAAGUUUUUCAACAGGAAGAAGACCAGCACUGCAGGGAAUAUUCCACCCAGAACUGUCCCAUUUCUAGACAUGAGUAAGACCAGUCAAAAGCUGUCGUCAGUUCCCUCAAAGCAGAACUUGCUUCAGGUUUCCCCACCAGAGGUGGUGUUUCAGGGCUUUGUCGCUCAUGAGGUCUCUGAAAUGGUGGUGUCUCUCAUGAAUAAGGACAAGUUGCCUGAGGUGGUGAAGGUCUCCAUGGAGAGCUCGCCUUACUUCCAGCUCGCGGGCUCCAACGACGCGUACCGUGUUGUGACGCCGGGUGUGCCUGCCCCUGUGCGCAUCCGCUUCACCCCCGGCAAGGGCAAGGAUUAUUCCCACGAGCUCAUCUGCACCACUGCAAGGGAAAGGAUAGUUGUGCCAAUUCGGGCCAUUGGUGCCCAAGCUACCCUGGAGUUCCCUGACCAGCUGGACUUCUCGGAGUGUCCGGUCAAGCACAGCAGCCAGAAGACUCUGCUGGUUCGUAAUGUCAGUAACCGGGCAGUUCACUACCAGCUGAGCACCCAGAGUCCUUUCUCUGUGGAUCCGGCCACAGGAACUGUGGGUGCUGGUGACACCGUGCAGGUGACAGUGGGAUUUCACGCACUGACGACCGGUGACUAUUCUGGGUCUCUGUGCUGCAACACAGGUGAAGGAAGUACCCACACAGAGCUCCACGCAGAAGCUGUAGAGCUCAACAUCGGGUUGAGCACAAAUUUCGUGGCGGUUGAGACGACGUUCAUCACCAUGUCAAACCACAAAACCAUGUUCAUUGAGAACAGGAGUAACGUCACGGCCCACUUCCAGUGGAAGGCUUUUCCUACCGAGGAAGGAGAGAAUCGAGAGAAGAGGAGACCAAGUGCAACUGGGAGACUCUCCAGGCAGAAUUUUUUCUUUCGUGUCAUCUGCCUGACCCUCUGGAGCCAGGACUCAUACCUGUUCUGUCAAGACACCUGGGAAAACUUAACGGAGGAAGAAACAUCAGAGUCAGAGAUGAGCUCUUGUGAAGAGCACACGGCCCUCCUGAGCAACACGGUCCUGGAGGAGAUAGCAAAGGUGCAACAAGACCCCAUGCUGUUCUCCGAUGACAUUUUCUUCAUUGAGCCAGUGGAGGGAGAAAUUGGGCCAAAUUGUUCGGCUGAAAUCAAGGUGACCUUCAAACCCAUAGAGGCACUGGAGUACCGAAGUGUGGCUUACUGCAACAUCUCAGGCUGUGAGAGCAGGCUGCCCCUGCGCCUCAGAGGACACGGCAAAGGACCCCUGGUUGAGCUGAACUGUCGCACACUGAACCUUGGGAACGUUUCUGUCAACACCCCCUACGUUCAUGAGGUGCAGCUGAUUAACCUAGGAGCUAUUGAUGCACCCUUCACCUAUAUCUCUUCAAAUGCAAACGUGGGCUGCUACUUCAAGUUUGCACCCAAGGAGGGCAUCAUUGCACCAGGUGGGACCCAGACGAUCCAGGUCUCCUUCAGUGCCACCGUGCUGGGGACGUUUAAGGAAGAAUUCCAGUUCAGUGUGGCUGGAUCUCAUAGGUCUGCACUCCUGACUAUCAAGGGCAGUGUCACCAGGCCGACUUCACUCUUGGAUGCCAUUAAGCCCAACUUCCAGGACAUCUCCUCUGGCUCUCCCAACACCAAGACCUGUUGCCUCACUGACACCUCCCUGGUGUUCCAUGAUGCCCUUUGGAGAAAAAACUGCUUCCCAAAUCUGCAAAUCCAGCCCAGCACCCUGGAGUUCAUGGGUGGCACUGAGGGAGUGCGCUCUCUGGAGAUAACCAACUGCAGCCUUCUUCUCACCAAGUACCACUGGUCACUCUGUUGGGACAGCCAGGCGGACAAGCUGGGAUAUGAGCUUAACCCACCUAAAUUCAAACCCCAACCACCAAAGGAGCAGAGAACCUCCCGUUUGGAUUACUCAGCAUAUAGAAGGAGAUUCAGGAUUAGAAAGGAGGAGGUAGACAGUGCCCUGAAAGAAGCAAAGGAUUUUGCCCAAUCUUUAGGAACAGAGGUAGAUUUUUUUGUGCUGCCACAAACUCCUGGACCCCCUCACCUCCCACGGGAGCUGGCAGGAAUCACGUCCUCCGUGGAUGCACCUCCUUCUCCCCUCGAAGCAGAGAAGGCUUUCAGUAUCCUGCCGCUGUCAGGUGUGCUGCAGCCAGGAGAGAGCCAGCAGGUCUCCUUCACCUUCUCUGGCUGCUGCAACAUCCUCCCCAGCAUGAAGGCACUGUGCUGCGUGGAGGGAGGCCCCACCUACGAGGUGGAGCUGAUCACCUCACGCCUCAGCUACUCCCUGAGCUGCUGGGAGAUCAACUGUGGCCCUCAGAUAUUUAAUGAAAUUAGUCACAGCACGGUCACCCUGGAGAACACUGGCAGGACUGAGUUCACCUGGGUGCUGAAGCCCAGCACUGCAGCCAAGCAUCUGCCUGGUGUGUUUCUGGUCGAUCCCACCACUGGCUUCAUUGCACCUGGCGAGAAGCAAGAGCUGGAAUUCUCUUACAUGCCAGGAAUACCAGGAGCUUUCAUCAGGAUUUACCAGCUUGAAGUGGAUGACCUGGACCCAAAAAAUAUCACCCUGAAAGGAGAAGCAUGCUGUCCCAUGAUCAGCAUGAACCUGCCCUGGAACACCACAGAAAAUGAAAAAUAUGAGAAGCUACUGAAAGAGUCUGUAAAACACCUGCAACAGUACAGUGAGAGGAAUAAAUCAAAAGUUGUUCAGAAGACUCAGAGCCUGAAGUCUCAGACUCUGAAAACUCAGACUCCAAAGACUCAGACCUCAGAGACUCGGGAUCCGAAGACUCAGGACCUGAAGCCCCGUUUGCUCAGCUCUGGCAUGGUACCAAACACUCAGCUGCAGAUAAACAUGAUGAGAAUGCUGAUCAAGAAGGCUGCUCUGGAGCGGCAGAAAAGGCUCACAUACCAUCUCCCAAAGGGCAGGUUCCCUAACAAGCAGCUACGCCAGAGUCUUGUCAAAGUUAAGCUGCCCGAGUAUAUCCUGGACAUGGGCCCUGUCCUUAAGGGUUUCACUGAGAAAAGCACUCUGGAGAUCACCAACCCAGGGCAGAUCCCAGUGUCCUUCCAGGCUGAUCUGUCUGCCCUGCAGGAUACAGGUUUCAGCGUGGACCUAGGCCUGAUAAAGAGCCUGCCCCCCAGCCACACCGUGGCGUUUGAAGUGCACUUUGAAAGUGCCCACCAGCCACCGGGUGACGUGGAUGUGCUGCUGCCCGUAGAGGUGACAAAUGGCCCCACGUUUCACAUCCACCUCUGUGCCACUGUGCUGGGACCGUCGCUUGAGCUCUCCAAGAACACGCUGCAGUUCUCUGACAUCCCCGUUGGGCAGUGCCAGGUUGAGACCAUCCGGCUCUACAACCGCUUCCAAGCACCCUGCAAAUGGUCCAUCAAGUCUCACAAAUACGUGACACCAGCCCUAUGCCGGAAGCAGCAGGCGCCGGAGGAUGAGCCCUGUCCCUUUGAAGUGAUGCCCUCCCAAGGAACCCUUGAUCCACAGCGGUGGCAGAACUUACAAAUCUGGUUUACACCCAAGGAGGAGAGGUCUUACAAGAAUGAACUGAAGCUUAACAUCUGUGGGAGCAGCAAUCACUUAAAGCUGCACCUCUCAGGACAAGGUCUGGAGCCACGGCUGGAGUUCAGCCCCCCAGCACUAAAGAUGGGAUGGGUGCUGGUGGACAGCAAUGGGCUGGAGGCCACAGCGGUGGUGAAGAAUCCAUGCAGCUUCCCCAUUGAGUUUUACUCUUUGGAUUUUGACGAGCAGUACCUUGAGGAGGAGAAGAUCCUGCGGAUGGCACUGGGGUCUGAGAACAAAAAGAGCUUUUUAAUGCCUCCACGCGCCAUGGGUGGGACACUGCUCCCAAAGGUGCUGGAGGACUAUGAAGCACAGAAGAGGCUGAAGGCUCAACAGGCAGAGCUCAAGACCAUGGCAGAGGCCAAGGCCAGGGCUGAGUCUGAGGCUGAGGACAAGGGCAAGGCAGCACCAGCAACAAAAGAAGAAGCUCAUGUUGCUUUCACCAAGUCUCCUUUCCCAGGGUCUGAGGAGAUGUGGAGGAGGAUGAAGAUCACAGGAUAUCACAGGGUUGUCAUGAGCUAUUCUGAGCCCAUGGUGAAAGCGACUGGAAAUCCUGUCUCUCUGGCUGACCUGUGCCACCUGUGCAUUGCUCAGAAGACCAAUAAGCCCCAGGAGAAGGUGGAGAAGAAGCCUGAACAAAACUGUGGAGGCCAAAGGAGUCAUCAGUCAUUUCAGCUGGAGGCGCAAAGUGAAAUUGCAGAAGGGGCAGUCAGAGACUGCCGUGACAGGACGCUGUGUCUGGACAUGCUGGUCACAGAUCCAAGGGCCAUGAUGGGGGAGAUCCUGAGGGAGGACCAGAUGCUGGAACAUCUGGGGCUGCAUCCCGACGGGCCUCCCCUUCCCCCUGCUGCUGUGCUCUCCAUAGUGGAGUACCCAGAGGAGCGGCUGGGCCCUGCAGGGCGUGUGGAGCCCUUCACCCUCCUGGCACCACAAGAGGCCGAGGCCCCAGAUAUGAGGGGCAGUUCUGCUGAGGGCCAACCAAAGAUGGGUGAAGCAGCCAGCAGAGACAGCUCUGCAAAGGAGAGCCAGAUGUCCACACAGAGAACCAAAAGUCCCCAGGAUUCCCCCACAGCAAGCAGCAAAAGCACGCUGGAAAGUGCCUCAAUGCCCACAGAAUUCCUCAGGCCGAAACGGUACCGGUGGGUAGUGCCUGCCCACGGGGAGGUGGAACUGAAGGUCCACUUCUCCACCAAAAAGCCAGGGAAGUUUGAGCAGACGCUGAGGUUUGAGCUUGUGCAGACAAAGCGCCAGUACGAGCUGCCCUGCCGUGGCACCAGCCUGUACCCCAGCAUCAGCCAGGACCCACGGCUGGUGUUUCCACAGUGGAGGAAAACCAUGAAGGAAGAUGAAAUAAUCUUCAAGGAGUAUGUUGAAAGCACAGAGCAAUUCCACUUCGGGCCACUGAUGUGUGGGAAAUCAAGAGAGUGGUACAAGUGCCAGAACUGUCCCAGCAACUCGGAGAAAAUAACCAUCCUCAACAACUCCCCCAUGAACAUAGAGGUCCAGUUCUCCUUUGAGAAUGCUGGGGAAGCAGAGACGUUCCUUUUGGACCCUCCCAGCAUGGCGCUGAAACCAAAGGAGAAGCAGGAGCUGACCAUUUGGGCAUACCCCACUUCCCCUGGCUUCCUGCAAGGCAAACUCAUCUGCAGCAUUGGGAAGAACCCGGAGCCAGUGAUCUUCAGCCUGUGCUGCCUUGGGGUGCGCAUGAAGCUGGAGGUCAGCCCCCUGGAGCUGUCUUUUGACAAGCAGUUUCUGCACAGCACUGACAGCAGGACCUUGGUCCUGAGAAACAACACCCUGUUGCCCAUGGCCUGGCAGCUCAGUGGGCUAGAUGAUGUGAAGGACUUCUCCUUGUCCCAAGAUAACGGCGUCAUUGGUCCCCGCUCAGAGUUUGAAGUGACAGUGCAUUUCAGGGCCGGGCAGAUGGGCAGCAUUGAGGAGACUCUCCAGCUAGAGGUUUCAGAUCCAGAAAACAUCCUGGGGAUCGUUCAGGCCGAAAACAUCAAAAUCUCUGCAGAGGUCUAUGACAUUUCUCUGAGCAUCGACAUGUCUGAAGGUCCAGAUGGAAGCUUGGAAUUUGGAACCAUUAAUGUCCUUGAUAAUGCAAAGCAUGUCCUGACUCUACAGAACAAAGGGGCAUACAACAUUGAGUACAGUUUCAUGCUGAAGGAUGCAGGUCCCAGGAUGCAAGACUUGGCAUCCCACUUCACUGUUGAGCCUAAGUCGGGCGUGCUGACUGCCUCCCAGCCUGGUGUGGAUGUUGAGAUGAUCUUCCACCCCACAAGAGAAAUCCUCCUCAAGAACAAACCCAUCCUGUACUGCCAGGUGAGAGAUGCCAGCUCCGGUGAAGGAAGCGAGCUUGUCGGCAACAUCCCACUGAGGGUGUCGGCAAAAGCCGAGUACAGCAAGUGCAGUGUUGAGCCUGCCUCACCCAUCAACUUUGGAGCCAUGGUCAAGGGCACCAGGAAGACCCUGAUGGUCGUGCUGGAGAACAAAGGCACGCUCAACUUCAAAUUCUGCAUCCGCCAAGCACCCGAGGAGGCAUCAGCAUUGGAAAGCAAAAGUUCAAAGCAAGGGGAAUCUGCUCCAUCAGCUACAGAGCUCUCAACAGGAAGGAAAUCAAGCUCCUCAACACAGAGUCACAUCAGUGUUGGCAUGUUCACGGUGUCCCCCUGCUCCGGUUCCAUCGGUCCUGGGGGCCAGCAGAAGAUCUCAGUGGAAUGCCUUGCCAGGCAGGAGGGGACGUGUGAGAAGCAGCUCUACAUUGACAUCACAGGCAGAGACCCUAAGGACAAUCCCCUUGGCAUUCCCUGUACCCUGAUUGCCAAGUCCUGCCUCCCAGCACUUGUUGAGGAUGUCACAUCAAUCUUUGAGGACUACCCGAUCUGCAGCAGCACCAACCUCGGGCAGAAGCUGCAGUCAGUGAAAGGCACUGGCCUAUUUGUCACAGAUGAGAACAGAUUCAUCUUCAGCAAUAUUCAGGUUGGGCAAGAGGCUGAAGCUCAUUUCAGUAUCUACAACGCACGCCAUCUGCCAUGUGACGUGGUCCUCUCCAUCAAACCACUGUCUGGAGAGGAAAAAAGCCCUAUCAAAAACAUUUUCAAGUUGUAUCCAGUCAAGAUGUCCAUUCCUGGCUCAUCCUAUGCCAUUGCUACGGUGACCUUCACCCCACCAGAGGAGCAGAACUACAACUGCACUUUCAAGGCUUCCCUUGUCAUCCCAAAAGGCUCUGUGGGAAUUGAACCCCAAAUCCUGACCUUCACCAUCAGUGGGAAGGGGCACAAGCCGCGGCUGACAGUCGUGUGCCCAAGUGCUCGCAGCAAGAGGGGAAACGCCAUGCUGUGCUUCAAGAGGCUCCAGCUGUGGGAUUCAGAGGUGCUCCCCCUGGUCAUCCAUAACAAUGGCAUCAUACCUGUCAAGUUUAUGUUACUCCUGGAGGAUGAGCAUGGAAUGUUCUUCUUGAAAGGCAGGGCCUCCCCAGUCAAGGUAUUCCACACUGGAGAUGUGGAAAAGGAAUUCAUUGGAAAAGUAAGCAAGCUCCCAAAGAAGCCUUUGUUCCUUCUGAGUCCUGGGCAAUCAGCUGAGUUUGAUGUAAUUUUCAAACCCACCCUGGCUCAACAUCUGGAAGGGAAGAUUUAUGUGUUAGUGAAGGACAGCUACUCUAAGGAGACCCUAAUAGAGUUGGUGGGUGAAGGCCACAAGGACGAAUUCACCCUGCUUGGACUAGAGGAUGACACCCAGGAAAGGAAUGUUAAGAGCAGUCUGAAGAAAGACGUCAUCGAUGCUGUUAGAGUGAAUCACAUUGAGUUUGGAGACUGUCCUGUCGGGAAGCGCUGCUACAGGACCUUCGCCAUCACCAACCGCAGCCUUAAGCAGUUCAUGCGCUUUGAGUGGGAGGCAGACGCCCCAUUCCUGUUCUCCCCCAAGGUGGGACACCUGCAUCCUGGCUGUGCCAAGGACAUCACAGUGAUCUUGAAAUCAGAUGUCCCAGCCACCUUCAGGAGGCACCUUGUGAAAUGUAAGAUGACCAAGGUCAAUUUUGAGCUGCCACAAAAGAAGGUUCCUGACUGGGAUGACCAAAUGUGCAUUGUCACAUGGAAGGAUACCACCAGGAAAGACCUGGCAGCCGCCAAGUGGCCUAAAAUAAAGCAGGUGGUCAAGACAGCUCCGGAACCGGCUCACACUGUGGUGGAGGAGAGCAGCCAGGAGUUCGAGGUGUACCUCAGUGCUGUGGUUGCCUACACCCAGUUCAAGCUGAGCACGACCAUGAUUCAGUUCAAGAAUACCUUGCCCUUCCAGACAGGGACAGCCACUUUCACACUGCAAAACACAGGCGAGGUAGCUCUGAAAUACUCCUGGGAGAAACCUGCAGAGAGUGAACCAGUGAAGAAGCCAUACUCAACCACUCUGAUGCGUCGGUUCCUCUCCUAUGAUACUGUAAAGCAUCGCAGAAAGCUGCUGCGUCUUUUCUGGUCGGAGCAGGACCAGCCUUUGGAGACACAUCCUAAAGAGCUGGAUUCUGAGCUGGACCUGAAUUUCGAGCAGGAGCUGGAUUUUGAGCAGCAGCAGUAUUCCGAGCAGGAGGACUGUGUCAGCACCUCCCUGGAAGUUUUUCCAGAUGUUGUCCAUGACCUGUUCUCCAUCAACCCCUACCAUGGCAUCAUUGCUCCUGGCCAGGAGGAGACCUUUGAUGUGCAGUUCUUCCCGAAGUGCAUGGGGGAGUUUAAGACCACCCUGCUGUGCAGGAUUCCUAACCUGCAGCCAGGUCAGAAGAUGGGGCAGGUGACUUUGGAAGGCAGAGCCCAGGAGAAGGACAGUCUGGAUAAACCAGUAGAAGAGACAGAGUAA